AUGCAAAACUACAGAGUCCACGUUUGCGCUCCGGGAUCGCUGUCCGCACGUCAGUUUUCCCCAAUCACUACCUGUCUGGCUGCCCCAGACAGCAGUGACAUCAUACAAAAAAGCAAACAAAUAGCUGUCCUUCGGGCCUUUCAGGAGCCCAGUGGUGGAGGCUCAGAGGGCAGAGGGGGUGGAACGGAGGGCCACACCUCCGUAGGCCCUGCAGGUGUUUCCCAGCUGGGUGACAGCGUGGGAGGCCCCGGCCUCGGUGGACACCGCCGCACCCGCUGUGGAGCCCUCCUGGACUGGUGGGCAGCAAUCACCAAUUUAAGGCACUUGGCCCAAGGUGACGUAGGCAGUGUGCACUUAAGCUUGAAACCGACUCGGUGGACUCUGCGGGGCGCCCGUGCGCCAAGCUGGGGGGCGGAUGGAAAGGCUGCGGGGAUCCCCGGGACUAAGGGGCGGAAGGCCCGGAGUCUCGAGCGUCACGGCCAGGCCGGGGCAGCUGGCGGACGCGGCUGGGGACAGCGCCCCCACCCCGGCCGAGCUGCGGUCGGCUGGCGCAGGCCACAUACCGCGCGGCGCGGAGGAAAUGGCUGGGAUUCCUCCCUCGGCGCUGCCGGGCGGGCAGGGACCGCGCAGGGGGCCCUGGGCACCGCCGCGGGGACCUCUCCCGGGAGCUCCCGCCACUCGCCGCAGGCAUUGGAGGCCCCCAGGUCCCGGGAAACCGCAAGAGGGGACCACGUGGAGGCGCGCGGGCUCAGCUCUCAGGGUCCCCCUCUCGGCCCAGCCUCCGGCUCCGGAUCGUCGCUCGCUCAGGCCUGCGGGGAGCCGGGCUCCUGGGCGCGCAAGCUAGAGGAGUGCAUGGCGUACAGGAAGAGCACAGCAAAGAAUUGGAUCAUGGAGCCAGGCAGGCUCACACUUUCGAGCAGUGAACGCGAUUUGGACCGCAGGCAGAACUCCGUUUUCUGUUUCAGAGUCUGGGUUUCAAUGUUGGACUAUAAUAAAAGUCUGAGGGAAGAAGAAGCGGCGAGGAGGACGAGGACGCAGAGGGCCAUCUGUCAGUGGCAAGAUAGACAAAGGAGUAAGUCUGACACCCCCAAAUAUCCCCUCCAUGCCCACUGCCCAGAGGCGCCGCGGGAGUGCGGUGGUGCCUCGGCCGCACACCAGGGCCCCGAGUCUUGA